AUGCUAAACGAAUUGAUAGACAGGGGUCAUGUCGUAAAGUCCGACACUUAUCCGGAGAGGUACCGUUUGACUGUCAUUGAUGUGUCCGAUUCUUCCGAUACAUGUUCUCUACCCCAGUCAACUGUAGAACACUCCCAUAAAGAUUCCCCACCUCCCAAUGCCCCACAGUUGAAUUGUGAUUCGGUAGACAUCCGGUCAGAAGCUGUUCAUUCGGUGGAUGUUGCAGACUAUCCGUUAAAGUUUCUCUAUGCUGACGAGAAUUGUCAAGCCACCAGAUUCCGUGCUUCGGCUCAUACUAAACAGUUCACCUCGGAUGAAGAUGAUUCCGAGCUGCAUGGAUUGCGUAUUCUGUGUUGCUACGAGGAUCUCAUCACUUCCGGACUUUGCUAUCGUUUGGAUUGGUCUGGCUCCAGCGCUGACUCAACUUUCUCCACUGUGGCAUACUUGCUGGAUCCUGACGCACCGAGUUGCUGCACCGGUGACUUGAACCAAGCAGACAUCACUCCAUCCCCUCCGGCAAUUGUAUCAUCAUCACCACCACCACCACUACAGUCCUAUUCAGAUGAACCUCUCAACAAACGACCCCGUUCGCCUUCACUUUCAGCCAAUCCGAUCCCCACAAUGACUCUCUACCGAACAAAAUCCGAGGGAAGCACUUUGCCGUCAGACACGAAAUACCAAAAACAGAUGAUCACCAAACUGGUGGAAAACCGACCCGCACCACAAAUGAUCUCUCCGGAGAAUAGACCCGUACAGGCCACUUAUUUCAAUCGUAUCGCUGUCGGUUCUAGUAGUAGUGAUGUUGUCAUAGUGCCCGGCGGAACGUACGAACUUAUUUUAAUUUGCGAUGUACGGGAGCAUUUUGGGUAA